GCCGCGGGGCCCCGGCAGGGCGCUACGCUACGGAGGCGGCGCAGGGCGCUGCGCGGGACGGGUCGGGCCGGGUCGGUGUGCUCGCCCGCUCCGCCACUCAGCGCGGGAGGCCGUCGGGGCAGCGCGCCGGCGGCAGAGGGCCUGCCCGCCCUCCGAGAACAAGUUGUGGGCCGGCCGGCGCAGGCGAGCGAGCCCGGGCCGCGGGGACUGAGGAGGCGCCGCGGGUUUGCGGAGCCCGGCCGCCCUGUCUCCUGCGUGGGUGCCCUCCUCCAUGCUCCACCUCGCCAGCCGCCGCCGGCCACAUGUGACCAGGCCCGGCUCUCAGCGUGGCCACCGUCGCGGGGGCCAUGGGGAGCUCCGCCUCCUCGCUGGCCACUGAGACCGAGUCGGACCACGGCUUCCCCAGGGGACUGCCCUACCCGGGGCCCCCGGCAGCGGCCGGCUGGUGUAGGGGCGGCCCUGGGGGGCCUGUCUGGGGCGACACCCUGGUCACCCGGCAGCACCAGCCCCCACGCCCCCGGGCCCGAAGCCACACGCACUCGCCCGGGCCCAUGGCUGCGGUCGGGGAGUGGUCCUGCGCACGCUGUACCUUCCUGAACCCAGCCGGCCAGCGCCAGUGCUCCAUCUGCGAGGCCCCGCGGCACAAGCCUGACCUUGACAAGAUCCUGCGGCUCAGCGUGGAGGAACAGAAGUGGCCCUGCACCCGUUGCACAUUCCGCAACCUCCUGGGCAGGGCGGCCUGCGAAGUGUGUGGCUUUGCCCCCGAGCCCAUCCCCGGGGCCUCCCUGCUACCCGUCAUCAACGGGGUCCUGCCGGAGCCCAAGGGCAGCUGCGGGGAGGAGGCAGGGCCUGCGCGGACAGCAGGGCUGGCGGCCGUGGAGCCAGUUGGGGGGCGGCCGGAGGAGGUGGAAGGGGAAGAGGGGGGCGCGGCCGCAUCCGGGAGUGGCUGGGCCUGCCAGCGCUGCACACUGCACAACACGCCCGUGGCCAGCUCCUGCUCGGCCUGUGGGGGGCCGCGGAAACUCUCGCUGCCCAGGAUUCCUCCCGAGGCCCUGGUGGUCCCAGAAGUCGUGGCUCCUGCAGGCUUCCCCGUCAUGCCUGCCCCGCCUCAGCCCGGGGAAGGUGCCGAUGCCAACCCUCCCUCUGCUGCGGACCAGGAGCCUCCCCGGGGGCCACCCUUCAGCCCCUUCUCGCCUACCCUCCAGAACAACCCUGUGCCUCGCAGCCGCCGCGAGGUGCCCCCCCAGCUGCAGCCACCGGUGCCUGAGGCCACCCAGCCCUCGCCCUCUGCCAGCUCCAAGGGGCCCCCCCAGGGCCUGGGGCGGACCGCGGCCGGGACCUCCCGCCUGGCGGAGCUACUGUCGGGCAAGCGGCUGAGCUUCCUGGAGGAAGAAGCAGCUGAGGGUGGCACCACGCUGCGCCCACCUGGUCCCGCCAGCCCUGCCCACUGUGAGGCUGGUGGCGCCACACCGGGCAGCGACGUCAUUGACCUGGCUGGCGACACCGUGCGCUACACGCCCGCUAGCCCCUCCAGCCCUGACUUCACUACCUGGUCGUGUGCCAAGUGCACGCUCAGGAACCCCACAGCUGCCUCCCGCUGCACGGCGUGCGGCUGCUCCAAGCUGCAUGGUUUCCAGGAGCACGGCGAGCCUCCCACCCGCUGCCCCGACUGCAGCGCGGACAAGCCCGGGCCCUGCUUGGCCCACAAGGCUGGCCGCCUCUUCCCCACAGCACCGUCUGAGCGCCCGGGCCAGUGGGCCUGCCCUGCCUGCACCCUACUCAACACGCCCCGAGCCAAGCACUGUGCUGCCUGCCACACCCCCCAGCUCCUGGUGACCCAGCGCCGGGGCGCAGCGCCCCUGAGACGCAGGGAGAGCAUGCACGUGGAGAAGCGGCGGCAGACGGACGAGGGCGAGGCCAAGGCCCUGUGGGAGAACAUUGUGGCCUUCUGCCGGGAGAAUGGCGUGAACUUUGUGGACGACAGCUUCCCCCCUGGGCCCAAGUCUGUGGGCUUCCCCGCGGGCGACAGCGUCCAGCAGCGUGUGCGACAGUGGCUGCGGCCCCACGAGAUCAACUGCUCCGUGUUUAGGGACCACAGUACCUCGUGGUCCGUGUUCCACACUCUCCGGCCCUCAGACAUCCUUCAGGGGCUCCUGGGGAACUGCUGGUUCCUGAGUGCGCUGGCGGUGCUGGCAGAGCGGCCGGACCUGGUCGAGCGGGUGAUGGUCACGCGCAGCCUGUGUGCAGAGGGCGCCUACCAGGUGCGGCUCUGCAAGGAUGGCACAUGGACAACGGUGCUGGUGGACGACAUGCUGCCCUGCGACGAGGCCGGCUUCCUCCUCUUUUCCCAGGCUCAGCGCAAGCAGCUGUGGGUGGCCCUCAUCGAGAAGGCUCUGGCCAAGCUGCACGGCUCCUACUUUGCCCUCCAGGCCGGGCGCGCCAUCGAGGGCCUGGCCACGCUCACCGGCGCCCCCUGUGAGAGCUUGGCCUUGCAGGUCAGCUCCACUAACCCUCGCGAGGAACCAGUUGACACUGACCUCAUCUGGGCCAAAAUGCUGAGUUCUAAGGAGGCUGGGUUCCUCAUGGGCGCCUCCUGUGGGGGAGGCAACAUGAAGGUGGAUGAUGCCGCCUACGAGAGCCUGGGCCUGCGCCCCCGCCACGCCUACUCCAUCCUGGACGUCCGUGACGUCCAGGGCUCCAGGCUCUUGCACCUUCGUAACCCGUGGGGCCGCUUCUCCUGGAACGGCAGCUGGUCGGACGAGUGGCCGCACUGGCCGGGGCAUCUGCGUAGCGAGCUCAUGCCGCACGGCAGCAGCGAAGGCGUCUUCUGGAUGGAGUACAGCGACUUCAUCAGGUACUUUGACUCCGUGGACAUCUGCAAGGUGCACUCGGACUGGCAGGAGGCGCGUGUGCAGGGCUGCUUCCCCAGCUCGGCCAGCGGGCCGGUGGGCGUGACGGCCCUCACGGUGCUGGAGCGCGCGUCCCUGGAGUUCGCCCUCUUCCAGGAGGGCAGCAGGCGCACGGACUCGGUGGACAGCCACCUCCUGGACCUGUGCGUCUUGGUGUUCCGGGCUUCCUUCGGCAGCGGUGGCCGCCUGAGCCUGGGCCGCCUGCUGGCCCACAGCAAGCGUGCAGUCAAGAAGUUUGUCAACUGCGACGUGAUGCUGGAGCCCGGCGAGUACGCCGUGGUGUGCUGUGCCUUCAACCACUGGGGCCCCGCACCGGGCCCACCGGCCGCGCAGGUCUCCGGCCCCUCAACGGGGGUCCCACGCGGCACCCCGGAGCCGCCCGGCCACGUGCUGGCCGUGUACAGCUCAAGGCUCGUCAUGGUGGAGCCCGUGGAGGCCCAGCCGACCACGCUGGCGGACGCCAUCAUCCUGCUCACGGAGAGCAGGGGCGAGCGGCACGAGGGACGCGAGGGCAUGACCUGCUACUACCUGACGCACGGCUGGGCGGGGCUCAUCGUGGUGGUGGAGAACCGGCACCCCAAGUCUUACCUGCACGUGCAGUGCGACUGCUCAGACAGCUUCAACGUGGUGUCCACGCGUGGCAGCCUGCGCACCCAGGACAGUGUGCCGCCCCUGCACAGGCAGGUCCUGGUGAUCCUGUCCCAGCUGGAGGGCAACGCCGGCUUCUCCAUCACCCACCGCCUGGCGCACCGCAAGGCGGCCCAGGCUUUCCUCAGUGACUGGACGGCCUCCAAGGGCAGCCACAGCCCCCCACUCACGCCCGAGGUCGCUGGCCUGCAUGGGCCCCGGCCGCUGUGACCACCCUGCCCCCACCUGCCUGCCCCCGCACGCACUUUACGAGGGAGACCCCAACACAGGAUGCUUGAACCAGAAUCUCAGGACCCCCACCCAGGGAGCGCCAGCAGCAUGGCGCAGCUUCCCCUGGGCCUUCCUUCCUGCCCCUCCCUCCUACCCAGGGCCUCAUAGCCACCAAGCAGAAUACCUCGAAGCAGCCUCUAGCUCGAGGGAGCUGUGUGCCAGCUUCUCUGACCAGCCCACCUUGAGGUCUGGCUCAGAUUGCCAGGGCCAAGGUAAGGCUGCCCCUUCCCAUGGCCUGGGGCCUCCUGCCUGGGUAAGGCAGCAAAGAGCUCCAUUCACAAAACCAAAUCUGGGGUGUCAAACGCCAGGACCCCAGCGUAGGAGCAGGGACCGCCCCCGUUUUGGGGGGUCAGAGAACAGGACCCUGGGGUGAGCAGGGACCACCCCCCCUUGAGGGGUCAGGCCAGGACCCCAGGAUGAGAGCAGGGACCACCCCCAUUUUGGGGGGGUCAGAGGCCAGGACCCUGGGGUGAGCAGGGACCACCCCCCUUGUGGGGUCAGGCCAGGACCCCAGGUGAGAGCAGGGACCACCCCCAUUUUGGGGAGUCAGGCUAGGACCCCAGGAUGAGAGCAGGGACCACCCCCGUUUCGGGGGGUCAGAGGCCAGGACCCUGGGGUGAACAGAGACCACCCCCCUUGUGGGGUCAGGCCAGGACCCCAGGAUGAGAGCAGGGACCACCUCCAUUUUUGGGGGUCAGGCCAGGACCCCAGGAUGAGAGCAGGGACCACCCCCAUUUUGGGGAGUCAGAGGCCAGGACCCUGGGGUGAGCAGGGACCACCCACAGUUGUGGGGUUAGGCCAGGACCCCAGAUGAGAACAGGGACAGUCCCUUUUUUGGUGGAUCAGAGGUCAGGGCCUCAGGAUGAGAGCAGGGACCACCCCCUUGUGAAGGUCAGAGGCCAGAACCCCAGGUGAGAGCAGGAACCCACCCCCUUUGUGGGGCACGAGGUCAGGAGCCUUUUCUCCCCAGUUUGUCCCUAGGUCCCAUCUCCCCCCAAGCCCUCAUGAGGCAAGCAGGGGUUCCUGGAGUCCCAGCAGUGUCCCAGGAGGCAGGUGCCUGGCGACCAUGGGCUCAAGCAGGGGUGGGGAGGGACACUAUGCAAUUCCUGGAGCGCCAGCCAGGAUCGAAGCCAUGCCCCAGGCUGGGGUUGGGGCAGUGGGUCAGGUGGUCCUGAGCCCAGGCCCAGCCCUGUGCUUGGUGAGGGGGUUUGUCCUCAGCACCACCUGACCUCUGCUGGGAGGAACAGUCCAGGAGAAAUCCUUGGCCAGCCCUGUCCAGGCACAUGCAGGGUGUGGCCCUUCCCAGCCCCUCCACGCCUCAGAAGCCCAGCGUCCUCCCUGUGGCUGCUCAGCCCUGAGUUCUGUGUCUGCCUGAGGAUGACUGAGGCCAGCUUUCUGGGCCACCUGGCCUCACUGUCCUGCAGCCCCCAGGCAGCGGGUGGCCCAGUCUGUGGCCCCUCGCUUCCCAUGGGACUUGUAGGGGGGUGGGUUUACACCUGGAGAAGCACCCAGAAGCACUAGACUCCCCUUUGGGCCUCCUUUAUAUUUCUCCUUUUACUCUGAGCUGUGAGUAUUUUUAACCCUGUACAUACGGCAGCUCUUCUGACACAGAGGCUAUUUUAUCAAUUGUCAGUACCAUCCCUGUAGGAUGAUUCUCCAUGGGUGUUUCCAGACUCAGGCUCCGAUGGACCAAAUAAAAAUGUUUUGUUUUGUAA